CCUGGUAAAACGCCACAAACGAGACGUGUAAAAUAAAAAAAACGAUACCAAACAGAACUGGUUGAAAGCGCGAUUGUGCAGCGUUGUGGAAUGACAAUCCAUUUUUUUAAAAGUUUUUAAUUAUUUUUGUUGACUCGCAUGAGGACACUUGAAACGCCGAGGGUACAGUGGGUCGUGCAUAUUGGCGCACUUGAGGCGUUUAAGGCUCAAUUAAUAUUUUGCGGGUUGUCGGUAAACUAUGGCUAGGCAUGUGACCUAGUACCCACAACCAUAGCUAUAUGUAUACUGGAUGGUGUGUGCGGAUAGUUGACCCAGACCCACUUGGCUAAAAUGAAUCCCUAGUUACUCCCUCGAGGGGUUGCUGCUCUGGUGCAAUGUUCAGUUCGCUGGACAUGAAAUCCAGAGGACGCCGGUUCGGUCUCCCGGCACAACAUUUUGAAACGGUGAGCAGCAGCAGCAGGUUUUGCCGUCGGGUAAAGUGAGGUUUCUGCUACUCUCCCGCCUCAUUCCAAGGGAUCUGGCCAACACGGAAGAGUAGGCCAAAUUUCCUCCCUAAAGAGAGGGGCGCCCUGCCACCAAUCAAUGGUGGCGUGAGCAAGGACGUUCGGCCGGUCUGCACCUUCACACCCCGUAGGCACGUGUUGUGCAAAGGUCGCGCGUGUCUCCGCUACAAAGGUCGCUUAAAUCUCAGCCACGUGGGCUGAGGUGUCCAAGCAUGGGGGUGGGGGAGGGAGUUGCGGCUGAGAAGAGAGUUAGUUAAAUGAGAGUUCACGGAUAUAUUUCCCCCCCCCCCACCCCACCCACCAGGAAACCUGAAAUGUAGUCAUCUAUAAUGGCAUCUGCAAUAAUCACGUGACAACGUGUAGACGAGUUGAAAACUAUCGAUGUUUCCCCACAAUACGAGGAGGUGGCCGAGCGUUGUCAUAGGACGAUGCACUGAGCUUCGGCCACCCGUAAUUUUUAAACCGGGUUCUCGAGUGUCGUGCGGUCGAUGGUCUCGGCCCCUACAGCAAAGUUCGACAUCCCUUAAACCUGUCUGAUGGGUAUGUAAGCAUGCACGUGUGUGUCUACAAUCGCUCUCAACCCUUUUUGACGCCAACAUCAGACCACGCGGGUGUCCGAGUCCAGUUCGGAGAUGGCCUUCAUUUCAGCUUCCAUGACCUCUCCAAAUCGGUCUCUUUUCUUCAACGCCUGGUCCACAACCGUCGACGACAUCACCGCCACCACGAAAUCCCCCCCGGCAGAGCACGUGCACAGCCGAAAAACAUUUGACCCGAACGAUUCUGGUAACGCACCGGAUCUGUUUGACCUCGUCUCCCGCCUCCUGGAUGAAGAGGACGCAUCGGAGACCGAGGAAAGGGUGCUGUCUCCAGCCCCGCACAGCUUGCCCUGGCCGCUCCUAAACCACGCCGCUCCUCCACCACUCCAUCUCCCGGCGCACGUGCCUUCAGCGACGUCUCCUCCACCGCCACCCUGGCUCCUCCCCGGCGGGGGUGUGAUGGCAGGGCUCCGCUCGGCUGAGCAGCCGAGCGGAGCGGCGGACGCGCGGGGGACACCGGGGGCCGUGAGCAUCCCGCCGGGCCGGGGGACUUCGCGCUUCCUGGGACGCACCAUGGAGGGGCUGAGUCUCGAUGAGCGGGCGGCAGCGGAGGAGGAGGAGGAGGAGGAGGAGGCGUGCGUGGCUCUCUCGUCGCCCCUCUUCACCUCCGCUAUGCACACCUUCAGGGCCGGGCUUCCUCCGCCCGACGGCUUGAUGCGGUACAACGAGAAGACGUCGGCAGAGAUGACGGCGAUGAUGAUGAUGAUGCAAGAUGAGAGUUGUUCGCGGCCAAAUUACUCGAAGGGGAAUUCUAACCAGAGUACCGGCAGUGGCUUCAGGAGGCCGCUCGGCUCCCGGAACUGUGUGGCGGUCUCUCCGUUCAACCGCCAGGUUGUCGACCCAACGAUGAUGACGCCGAACCUGCUGGCGGAUGAAGAUGGGACGAUAAAGACGUCAGCGGUGGCCGGGAUGAGCAGGCAGAGGGAGCGACCGUGGCAUCAGUGGAGCCAUUACAAGUCGGGCGCUUGCAACAAAAGCGAUGGCCCUUUUACCAGGCCGGCUGAGAGCGAGUGCCACUCCGCACCAGUGUUUGGCAAGUUGAUGACGGCAGAUGAGCACGAUGAUGAACUGCGAGGCUGCCGCUCGGGGGGGCUUGGGUGCGUGGCACCACCGCUGCCACCACUACCGCCACCACCGGAGGUGGCUCUACAGGCGCCACCGCCGCUGCCAUUCGCGUCCAUCCAGAGAUUUGACGGCAACCCGAGACCGAGCCGGAGCGACUACUUCCGCGCAGAGGCAUCGCCGGGCUACCCGGGCUCCCCAGGCGUUUCCUUGACGGCGCAGAGUGGCGCGUUCCCUAACCGCGGUCGCUCUGCCGGCGACUUCGCGACGGUGGAGGGCGGCACCGGACCCAGCUUCGGCGGCAACAAGUACAGCCGCCCCGCUCAACACGAGGCCACGGCACGUCAAGCAGUGACGGGGUCCCACCGUGGCGUCGACACUCAAGGAGAGCAGUGCGGUUUCCUCUCCUGUCCAUUCAACUGCCGGAAGCAGCAGCAGCAGCGGCAGCCAGCGCUCUCGCCCCCUAGUUGUUUAGCUCGGGGUUACUCAAACGUGGGCCCUCGUGGCUUCUCGCUUCCGUUUGACCGACGCAAUGGCAAGCGGCCGUCCGAGACGCCGACGACGCCGCCAAAGGGCGGCGUCCCUGAGGCGCAGCUGCACCCGCCAUGCUGCUACCCCGGCUACACGUACAGGAGUGAUGGAAGGCCGCAGCUGCCACCGCCAGGGCCGCCACCGCCAGGGCCACCACCGCCCGUCGUGCCACCCUCCAGCGACUCCCCGCCGUUUGCAUUCGGCCCCCCGUUCGGCUUCCCGCCGCCGCCCCCUCCAGGCGCCGAUGAGCGGCGCGUGUUCAGGCCCUGCUACCCGAGCACGGUCUUCCCGGACCUGUUCUACGGCGAGCUGGCAUCGGCGCUGUACGGAUUCCCGCUGCACUACGGCCUCUUGAAGCCGGCGAUGAAACCACGCAGCGGCCCCGCCAACGAGCUCCACAAGCACCUGGAGGAAUCGUGCGAGCAGUGGAGGGGCCUCGAGAAGCAGAGGAAGAAGGCGGAGAUGGAGCUGAUGCGGAGCUACCCAGGGAGUCGCGUGCCGGGCCCCGUCAGCAUCGCGAUGCCGCGCCUGCCGCCCAAUCCGUCGCGCGUCGACCGGCUCGUGGUGGACCAGCUAAGAGAGAACGCCAGGGUGGUGGCCGUGCUGGGCCACGUGGAGGCCCUGCUGGGGCAGUCGCUUCCUGCCAGCGUCGUGCGUGCGCUGGCGCGGCACGUGGAGGCGGUGCGCGGCGUGCAGGAUGCGAGGCGCAGCGAGGUGAUGAACGCCGCCCUCCGGCAUAAGCAGGGAGCCCCGCGGCACCGCUGUGACAAGGACGUACUGGCGCUCGCCUACUCGGUGCGGGCACUUGGUGUGGCGACGCGCCGGGCCCGCUCGGCGCUCUGGUGCGGCCUGCAGCUCGGCCUCCCCGAGUGCCUUCGCGGGGAUACGGCCACGCACGCUGCCCUGCAAGAAGCCCUGCGUGACCUCGACUCGCCUCCUCCUCCUACUCCUCCACGUCCGCCUCCACCUCCGCAGCCUCCCGCUCUUUACGGUGGCGGCGGCUACGGCACAGAGGGCGCGCCUGCGGGCACCGUCUCGUCUCGCCCCCACUGCGAGCCCAAGCAGUGCGGUGGACAGGCCCCGCAAACGGCGUUCAGCAUUGACGAUGGCCGCAACGAUGUCGAUGUUGAUGGUGAAGGAGGAGGUGCUUAGAAGAAGCGGCGGUGGCGGCUGCGAGUUUCUCCCGCUGCAGGGGACUCGAGACGUUCUUUCCGAGUCGCAGAUUGGGGGGGUGUGGUUGGGGAGAAAAUGAAAUAGUUGUGUUUAUUAAUUUUGGGUGUAGGUUUUUUUAUGUUCAGAUGACUUUAUUCGCGGACGGGUGGUUGUCUCCGCCGCUUCGAAAACCGGUCGGGGGUCGACUCGGCGUGUGAAGUCACUGGGGUCGAUAAAAUAUAAACACUUUUUUGGGAAAGUCACCAGUGGUUAUCGUAGAGGUAGACUGGUCCUUGUCAUAGGAACGUAGAAUAUCCACCACUGGAUAAUAUCUGUAAAGGGAUGAACAAAAGCCCCACACUCGUUUUAGUGGGAAACCACGUUUUCUUUAACUUUCUAUUGAGGUCACUUGUAGCCGCGAUGUUGCGUUUAUUGAAGAAUCGCAUGUGUGCACGUGCAUCCCCGCGAGCCUGGAAUGCACACCCGUGUGUUAGUCGUGGUGAUUGUAAAUCUAGAUUAUUUUAAUUUGUUUUUGUAGCUUUUUUACAACCAAAUCUUCCGAAAUGCGCUACUUGAAGAAGCUGGGCCGGGUUGAUCCUGGUUAUCACUUAGAUGCGUGACUGCCUGGGGAAUACCAGGGCAGGCUUGGGGCUGUGUGGUGGCCAUGCGAUAGCAAUAAAACAAUGGAUUCUUGAA